AUGAUUGGAGAACUGUUCGAUUCUGAUGGAGUGACAAGGGCAGUAGGAGGAAUUUAUAUAUUCAUUGGAAUUACUGGUUCAUUAUGCAAUGUGACAACACUGCUAAUGAUUACAUGCUGUCGAAUGUAUCGUUUAUCAGCCUAUACUAUUAUGGCUAAUCUUGCAUUAGCUGAUGCUAUUAUGCUCAUUGUUGCUGGUCUCGUUUGUGGUCUCAAUAUUAUUCAAGUGCCUUUUCUAAAUUACGACAAUACUACCAAUAAUUCCACUGAAAUUCUAAAUAGCAGUAAUUUUAUGACUGAUCCUAUAAAAAUAGUUGGAAUUAAAAGUGAAUUGUAUAAUGUAAACAGGAGUCAAUUCAAUACACUUUUGGAAGAUUUGCAUUUUUCCGUAUUUUUAUUAUCAUUCCUUGAAAUAGCUGCUUGGACGGCAGGAAUAAUAAGUCACGCAUUGCUGGGUAUCAAUCGUUGCGUUGCAAUUUGCUUCUAUCGUACUCGUGCUAAAACAAUUAAUCGAGUGUCAUUUGCGCUUGUUGGCUCUACAAUAACAUGGCUUAUCGGCAUUAUUGCAGCUUAUAUCGGAACAAUGCCUGUGCCACUGAUGGGCAUGCGAACUGAUAUGUGGACAGUGAGCUUUUUGAAUACAGCUGGAAGAAGGCCGGCAGUGUUCAUGGUACUUGCAUUAUCUUUCAAUUUUGUCAGUAUCUUAGCGCAAUGGUCAUGUUCUUUAAUGGUACUUAUAAAAAUAUACAAAGUUCGCCAUAAAAUUAACUGUAACAAGUUGAACCUUGGCAGUGCUAAAAGAUUUAAAAAACAGGCUCGUUUAACAUUUCAGUUUUUUUAUCCAUCUCUCAUUUGUACUAUUUCAUCUAUUAUAUUCUUUGCUAAACCAUUCAUGACUGAUAUAUUGACCAGUUGGCAGUUUGUUUUUCUACAUUUGAUUUGGUUGUGUAAUCAUAUGUGUAAUCCAUUUAUCUAUGCAUAUUUCAAUGAACGUAUGCGUUUAACCUAUGGUCAAUGGUUGACAUGCGCACCUUUGCGAAAAUGUAUCAGUAAAUUGGAGAAGCAAUAUUCACGAAAACACGGAAAACCUUUACGAGUAUCAAAGCGACUGAAUGCAGCUGCAUCAAUGGCAAGAAAUGCAUAUUGGCGUGGUCGAAGUAAUCGAAGUGAUAAUUUUGUACGGUCAAGCUUGCAGAUGCAAAGUCGUGAUUUUGAACAAUUUUGUGAAGUGAUGAUGAGCGUUAAUACCGCAAAUGAAAGCAGUGAAGGAUGGACGGAAAGUAGCAGUGAUACGGAAGCAGAACCGGUUACUGCAGCAAUUUGUGCAGCACCACAAACAUCAUCACGACGUAGCAAUGCUGCAAAAGGCCUGGAAUUGCAUUCGCUUGUUUUUGAUUUGGGACGUCAAACAGUAGAACAUUGGGCUAAUUUUGCUAAGAAAGCAAGCUUUUGA